GAAUCUAGUUGUAAACAUUACCCGCAUGAGACCUUUGCUUGUUUAAAUAUCUGUACAUUGUUUUAUCAAAUCCAUAGACAUGUGUGACUAGAAGCCCACUCUUUCAAUACUGCACUGUUUUUGCUCAUUGUUUUCCAGCUCCCCCAGUUUGCAUGUCUGAGGACAGUUUUCAGAUGAAUUCCAGAACAAGUGAAGUUUACAACAAAAUUAUGAAGAUGGAUGCUCAGCAUAACAGUAGCAAUUCAAUCGACCAAUUCGGGAAGCAUGUUGAUGUUGUAUGCACUAAGGAUCAAGGUUUUGGGUCGAAAAAAAAUGGAGAAAUUCUCUCAGAACACGUUGAUGUUGAAGAAAAGAGAAAAGCCCAGCAUACUGAAGAUGGAUCAGUUGAUAGAUUUGGAAAACCAGCAAUCAAAGGCAAAACAGGGGGGUGGAAGGCUGCCAUCCUAAUAUUAGUAAACCAGGGAUUGGCAACUCUAGCUUUCUUUGGAGUGGGUGUUAACAUGGUCUUGUUUUUUACAAGAGUCCUUCAGCAGAACAAUGCAGAAGCAGCAAACAAUGUGAGCAAGUGGACUGGAACUGUGUAUAUGUUUUCUCUUGUUGGAGCCUUUCUUAGCGAUGCGUACUUGGGACGCCAUAUGACCUGUGUUUUGUUCCUAGUUAUUUUUGUACUUGGUAUAGCAAUGCUGGCUCUGUCUGCUCAUUUCUUCUUAAUAAACCCUCCUGGUUGUGGAAAAGUGGGUUUCAACUGCCAGCAUACAUUACCAUGGGAGAAUGGCAUAUUCUACCUAUCCAUCUACAUGGUGGCCCUGGGGAGCGGAGGAUACCAACCUUCCAUAGCCACAUUUGGAGCAGACCAAUUUGAUGAAGAAGACACCAUAGAAUCUGCAUCAAAAGUCAGUUUUUUCAGCUGGUUUUAUCUGGCCCUUAACUUGGGGUCUCUUAUUUCCAACACAGUGCUGGAUUACCUGGAAGACAAUGGCAUGUGGGCAUUAGGGUUUUGGGUCUCUUGUGGGGCUGCUGCACUUUCUUUACUGAUAUACCUGUGGGGUACUCCAUUUUACCGUCAUCAUAGGCCUCGGGGCAAUCCUCUCACUCGUUUUGCUCAAGUGUUUGUGGCUGCUACAAGAAAUUGUAAUGUUGAGGUUGCUUACAGUAAGCUUUAUGAACUGCCCAAGAAAGAGUUUGGCCUUCAAGGAAGAAGAAUGAUUCUGCACAGUGAUGGAUUCAGGUGGCUUGAUAAGGCAGCAGCAAUGGAAGAACCAGAAUACUCACCUAAUCUUAACAACAAAACCCAAGAAGAUCCAUGGCAUUUAUGCACAGUAACUCAAGUAGAAGAAGUAAAAUGCAUACUGAGAAUGCUACCCAUUUGGCUAUGCACCAUAAUAUACUCAGUUGUAUUCACACAGAUGACAUCUCUAUUUGUAGAGCAAGGCACCACAAUGAACACCCACCUGGGAAGAUUCAGAAUACCACCAGCUAGCAUGUCAGUGUUUGACAUUCUGAGUGUGGUCACAUGGGUGAUGUUAUACAGGAGAGUUCUAAGCCCCUUUGCCUCUCUUAUCACAGGAAACCCAAAAGGCCUCACAGAGCUCCAGCGCAUGGGAGUGGGCUUAAUAAUUGGCAUGACUGCCAUGUUAGCAGCUGGUCUUGUGGAGUUGGAGCGCCUUAAGAGAAUAGAAAAGGGGGCUGGUUUUAAGCCCCUGGGCAUAUUGUGGCAAGUCCCACAGUAUGUUCUGAUAGGUGCUUCUGAGGUUUUUAUGUAUGUUGGGCAAUUGGAGUUUUUCAAUGCACAAGCACCAGAUGGGCUUAAGAGCUUUGGGAGUGCUCUUUGCAUGACUUCAAUUUCACUUGGGAACUAUGUUAGCAGUUUGUUGGUGACAAUUGUGAUGGAUAUUACAAAGAGGGAGAAUAGCCCUGGUUGGAUACCUAGGAACCUUAACAGAGGUCACAUGGACCGUUUCUAUUUCUUGUUGGCUUUACUUACAACAAUUGACUUUGGAGUCUAUGUAAUUUGUGCUAAAUGGUAUAGGUGCAUUAGUUUAUAUAGAAAUCCAACUAUAGAAGAUUUAGACCAAGAGCUCAUGUGAAGUGUAGAUAUGGAAGACCAUUGUAUACUUUCAGUGUAGAGGUAGAUCCAUAUAGAUUGUGCUU